UUUUAGCCUACUCGAUUCAAUAUAAAUAUUAUCUUCAAAACAAUAUAGUAAAAUUAUUGAUAAAUAAGAAAUAUGCAUAAUUUCAAUUCAUUCAGGUUCCAGAUAUUCCCAUAAUAAGUUCAGUUUUCAGUAUUUACUCAAGGACCGUAAAUAAAAUCAACAGAAUUAAAUGAAACAUGGAAAGUGCAAGUGAUGAGAUUGCUGUACCAAAGUAUGGUUUAAAAUUGAAAUUAAAUCAUGAAUAUCCUGAAAACAGAUCUCAAUCUUACAUUCCAAGCUUAAGGACGAUAUGGACACUUUUACCUCUAAUUAUUAGGUAUAUAUUCUUCUAUUUGAAAUGCAAACUUACUGGCAAGUCCAUUAUCAUGGACUAUUUUUAUCCUAGAAGAGCAGAACGAAUAUAUGGAGUUCCUAUUGGAGGCAUAGGUUCAGGUACUAUUGGCAGGGGUUUUAAGGGUGAAUUCUGUAGAUUCCAGUUGAAACCCGGUCUGUAUGAAUGGGAAACUGUAGAAGCAAACCAAUUCAUAGUUACAAUAAAAGAUGAACAUGAGAGAACUAUAUUCCACAGUUUGUUAUCAACUUUUCCGAAGAAAACAUUGAGCGCUUGGGAGAGUUUGAUAGAAGGGAGUAAAUGUAAAUAUACAGCUCUGUAUCCCAGAAGUUGGACAGAAUAUGACCUAUCAGAAUAUGGUAUUAAAUUACUUUGCCGUCAGGUAUCUCCUAUCAUUCCGCAUAAUUACAAGGACUCCUCCCUGCCUUGUGCUGUUUUCGAAUGGAAUGUGCAAAAUACCAGUGAUGCCAAAAGAAUCGUUACUAUUGCUUUCACUUUCAAAAAUGGAACAGGAAGCAAGAAAGAAGAUAAAUCUUCUGCGUGUCACACAAAACCUUUCAAAGUCGGAAUUGCAGAUGGCAUUAUUCUUUAUCACACAAUCUGUGGCAUGCCUUCAAGUUACGUGCUUGCAACAGAAGCCGAUUCUGCUCACGAAAUCUCAAAAUGCCUGUUCUUCGACCCUAAUUCGAGCGGAUCGGAACCUUGGUACCAGUUGAAAAACGACGGGAGAUUCGAAAAACAAUCAGAGACCAAUACGAGAAUGAUUCACGGAGAAAUGGCCUGCGGUCUUGCUGUCAAAGUAACAGUGAAGCCAACCGAAUCCGAACUGAUCAAGUAUAAUUUGGUAUGGGAUAUACCGAUGAUAAAUUUCCCGUUGAGAAUGAAAAAAUACUACAAAAAAUACACGGAUUACUUCGGACGCGAAGAUGCUGGUCUGAAAAUUUCUCAAUAUGCUUUUCAGAACUAUGGACAGUGGGAAAAAGAUAUUCACUUGUGGCAGAGUACAAUUUUGAAUGAUGCUAAUCUCCCAACUUGGUUUAAAACUGCCUUAUUCAAUCAGUUAUACUAUGUAAGUGACGGGGGGAGCAUUUGGCUUACUUUGGAAGAAGAAGAAAAGCAGAAAUUACCAGAAACGGACCCAAGGAAAGAAUAUGGGAGGUUCGCGUAUCUGGAAGGCCAUGAGUAUAAAAUGUACAACACGUACGAUGUUCAUUUUUACGCAUCUUUCGCUUUGAAUAUGAAUUGGCCGCAUCUUCAGAGCAUCAUACAGUAUGACAUGAAGGACAUGGUUUUCAAGGAGAUCCCUGAUAGGGUAACUAUACUUUUUGACGGGGAGUCAGUUGAAAGGAAAGUUGCUAAUACCAUUCCACAUGACGUUGGAGAUCCAGGCGAAGAACCAUUCAUUCUUCCCAACUCGUACAACAUUCAUGACGUCAGCGACUGGAAAGAUUUGAACUCGAAGUUCGUCCUGCAAGUUUUCAGAGAUGCUUGGCUCUGUCAAGAUGGUCAAAUAAACGAUGUUUAUCUGAAGGAUAUGUACGACGCAUGUUACACAGUAACCAUGAAUCUCUUGAGAUUCGACACCGAUAAAGAUGGUCUCAUUGAAAAUGACUCCAAGCCCGAUCAAACAUACGACACUUGGACCAUGACAGGACCUAGCGCCUACUGCGGAGGCCUUUGGUUGGCCUCACUCUACGCCAUGGCAAAAAUUGCGGAACGUCUGGACAAACAAGAGGACUACAAAAAGUUCAACAGUUUGCUACAUAAAGGAAUGCAGUCUUUCGAACAGAAACUGUGGAACGGUAUCUAUUACAAUUUCGAUUGUUCCGAUGAUGAAAAAAAGUCCAUAAUGGCUGAUCAGCUCUGCGGACACUGGUAUUUGAGGGCCAGCGGGUUCAAUCAUGAAGUAUUUCCGAAAAAUAAUGUUGAGAGUAGUUUGCGUACCAUUUACGCAAAUAAUGUCCAGUCUUUCUGUAACGGAAAUAUGGGAGCUGUUAAUGGAUUUAUCGGUGGGGAAGAGGAUAGAUUUACUGUACAGAGCUUGGAAGUCUGGCCUGGAGUGACUUAUGCCCUAGCUUCCACCAUGAUAUUCGAGGGUAUGGUGACCGAAGGGUUCAAAACAGCGGAAGGGAUGUACAACUCCAUGACAGACUUGUUUGGUCUUGCUUUCGACUAUCCAGAAGCAAUAUACGCCCACAAGAACUAUCGUUCUAUUGGUUACAUGCGACCUUUGAGUAUCUGGUCAAUGUUACUGGCUUACCAGAAAAGUCAGUUGAAGACUGCAUCGAAAUAAAACGUUCUGAUGGUUAAUUCGAGUUAUAUUAAUUAAGUUACGAAUAUUGUAGUUGAUUAAUUGAGUAUCUGAAUCUACCUGUGGUUUAUUAGUUGGUUUUGUAUUUUAUUAUGAACAGAGUAUUAAAUAUAUGAUUUUUGUCGAGUA